GAGGAGAGCCGGCUAGCUGAGGACCGCUAGCUAGCUUGGGACCGCGAGCUGGCGCCAGAGGCAACAAGGUUGGAGCGUGGCUUUGAAGUCGCGUCAGCUACCACCAUGAGCGGCCGAAGUCGAGGUAGAAAGUCCUCCCGCGCCAAAAGCCGGGGCAAAGGCCGCGCCAAAGCCCGAGUUCGCGCUGCUCCCGAGCACGGCCCGCACGACCCGGACCCUCCGCAGUGCCCGAGGCCCGGGGAGGAAACCCAAGCAGCACAGGUGCAGGCUGGCGCGGGUUGGGGUGGCCUGGAAACCGCUGCGCCCGCGCCGCCCUGCGGGCCGGGGGAGGAGGCUGCCUGCCAGCUCCCGCUGGACUGCGGCCUCGCGCUCCGAGCGGCCGGGGAGCGCGGGCAGGCUGCGACCAGGCUUGGCCUGGGGAAGGCCCCAUCCAUUUCGGAGCGUCUGAUGACAGACACUGUCUUCGUAGGAACCGCGGGAACUGUGGGAAGGCCGAAAAAUGGCCCCCGCGUUCGAAAUCUGCGCGGGCGUGCUGGGAAGAAGGCCCCAGUGGGGAAGGGGCCUCAGGCCAUAGCUGGUGGGAAGCCAAAGAGAGGGACCGCUGGGGAGUGUGCGUCUGUCCCAGUGGUAGAGGAAGAGGAGGUGGAGCCGGAUGCAGGGUCAGGGCCCCUGGCGACGGAUGGCAGCAUGGAUACGCUGGAGACAGUCCAGCUGAAGCUGGAGACCAUGAAUGCCCAGGCAGACAGGGCCUACCUCCGUCUAUCUCGCAAGUUUGGGCAGUUACGACUGCACCACCUAAAGCGCAGGAACCUCCUCAUCCAGAAUAUCCCGGGCUUCUGGGGGCAAGCGUUUCAGAGCCACCCUCAGCUAUCAUCCUUUCUGAACAACCAAGAUAAAGAAGUACUCAGCUACUUGAACAGCUUGGAGGUGGAAGAGCUUGGCCUCGCCAGGUUGGGCUACAAAAUCAAGUUCUACUUUGGGCGCAACCCCUAUUUCCAAAAUAAGGUGCUCAUCAAGGAAUAUGGUUGUGGCCCUUCAGGUCAGGUGGUGUCACGUUCUACUCCAAUCCAGUGGCUCCCAGGGCACGACCUCCAGACGCUAAGCCAGGGGAGCCCAGACAACAGCCCUAGCUUCUUUGGGUGGUUUUCAAACCACAGCUCUAUUGAGUCUGACAAGAUUGUUGAGAUAAUUAAUGAGGAACUGUGGCCCAAUCCCCUGCAGUACUACCUUAUGAGUGAAGGGGCACGUGGAGAGAAAGGAAAGGAGGGCAGGCAAGUUCCAGCAAGGCAGCCCACGGAGACUCCCGAGCCUGGGGUAAACAAAUCCAAGUAAUCUUGCACAAGGCUCCCUACUACCUCCUGCUGGACUGGUGUCUGGCCGACCACAUGUGUUUGACUGGCUUCUCUUCAUGUUGGCCUCCAUGCACUCUUACCCCUUUGAACUUCAAUUACAAGAAUAUGGCAUUUAUGAUCAUGUUCUUUUCCUCCCCAUGGCCUUGCUUAUUUACAUUAGUGUCACAGGUUAUGUGACCUCACUCCUACUGUUUCUGUGUUAAACAUACAUGCUUCAGAUGUGUGCUGCUUUUAUCUACAUGCCUGGACGCUGUUCUUGGCUCUGGCCUUUCGCAGCUGUCUUUAACAUGGACAUUUAUGAGUCAUUCUCCAAGAGGACCAGUGCAUCCUUAAACUCUGCUACUUCAAGGCUGGUGACUUUGGUGGGCUUUUUUAUUCAUGCUGGCUAUGCAUGCCACAUAUGGCAAGAUUUUGUGUUGCUGCUGCAAAAUGAAGCUAGUGCACAUGGUACUGGCCAUCACGACAGAACUGAUUGUUCAAUGGCCCUGGGGUCACUAGCCAAGGCACCACCUAUGGCAUCUCUGGCUUUGGACAAGGGUCCAUGCUUUCCUGCUGGGUAUGACACUUGACUGCUGGGCAUGAGUGAGACUAAGGGUGAGAAGCAAUUUGCCAUGUGUUCUAUACCAUCAUGCGUCUCUGCCUGCGUCUGGGCUCUUCCACUGGUGAACCUUCAUCAAGCUUUGCCCCAUGUCUCAUCACUAUGAGGCCGUUGAGUUUUGUCUAGGUUGUUAUUGGCUCCAGUUGGCUUCCUGUUCAACAAGAACCUCAAGAACUGCCUGUGGACCUAGACCCCCUGCCAGUGCAUGAGACACACACCUACCCUCCCCAGCCUUCUGGGUACCCUGUUGGCUGUCAGACUGAUGGGUGGGCUGGUAUAUGUGAACAUGUGCUCACUGUCAUCAUGCUGUGGCUCCAGAUGAGGGUGGGGACUAAGCUCACAUAGAAUCUAGGAGGAGCAGCAUCAGACAACCAAAUGCCACAUAAAACUGUCCAGCAGAAAAUGGUUGGAAAAAAUGAGAAGUGGG